AUGACUACAGAUGAAACAAAGAAAACAAAGGCAAGAUUGGCGAGAAAGAAGAGAAAAGAAAUACUUCAACAAAAGAGGGAAGCAAAGCGUGCAAGAAUAGACAAUAGGGAGAUAGAUGAAGAGACCAACAGCCAAUCUACUAGCGCGAAUUCAUCAGAAGUUGAUAGUGAGAUAUGGAACUUUGGAAAACCAACAUACAGAUGCAACUAUUGCAAUGCUUUGCUAUGGUACGAGGAACGACUAAAACCCAAAAGAUCAACUACAAAGCCAGCUUUUGGAAUAUGUUGCAAACAAGGAAAAAUCAAUUUGCCUCCACACAAGAAGCCUCCACCUUACCUUGAAAACCUGUUAACAGGUGAAGGAACAGUUUCAAAAAACUUCAGAGAAAACAUCAGGAAUUACAACUCAAUGUUCUCAUUCACAUCCACAGGAGGAGUUGUGGAUAAAGAAAUAAACAAAGGAUAUGGACCAUACGUUUUCCGCAUGCAUGGCCAGAACUAUCAUCACAUUGGAACUCUUCUACCUGAAGAAGGCACCAAGCCACGCUGGGCGCAGCUAUACAUAUAUGACACAGACAAUGAGGUGGAAAACAGAAUAAGCGCAUCGAGAAGUGGCGAGGGGAAAACACCGAUUGAUCCAAACAUCGUUGCCAGCCUUCAAAACAUGCUUGAUGAGAACAAUAUUCUAGCUCAAUCAUUUCGAAUGGCAAGAGACAGGUUCAAAAACCUAGACUAUCAUGAUUACACUCUGAAGCUAAUAGCACAACCAAAUAGAAAUGGUACGCACGGCUUGCCAUCAGCAUCUGAGGUUGCCACACUGGUCGUCAAAGAUCCAACAAACGAGAUUGAGGGACGUGAUAUAAUUAUUGAGUUCAAAGAUAUGAGGCCUCAGAGGAUAUCAGAAACUCAUCCAAAGCUCAUGUCACUGCAAUACCCACUGCUAUACCCAUAUGGAGAAGAUGGAUUCAAACUUGAAAUACCAUACAAACAAAAGGAAGGAGUUACCUACAAAAGGAACUAUGUAACUAUGCAUGAAUACUACGCAUAUUAUCUUCACCAUCGUCAUCAACAAUCGAUUGCGUUGCUAAUGUCAGGACAUUUAUCUCUACAAUUCUGGGUUGAUGUUUUCACAUGUAUCGAACAAAAAAGGCUUAAUUGGAUAAGACAAAAUCAAGGAAAGUUAAGGACAGAACUGUACAGCGGCUUGCAAGAUGCAAUUGAACGUGGGGACAAUCAGACAGAGCAGGUUGGAAAAAGGAUAGUAUUACCCUCAACUUUCACAGGAUGCAUAAGAAACAAGCUCCAAAACUUCCAAGAUGCAAUGGUGAUAUGCCGUUGGGCAGGAUACCCAAACCUUUUUAUAACAUUCACAUGCAACGCAAAGUGGCCAGAAAUCCAGUAUAUGCUAGAUGAAACAGGAAGCAAACAAAAACCAGCAGAUCGACCAGAAAUUAUAGACCGAGUCUUCAUGAUAAAACUAAGAGAGCUACUAAGAGACAUAGUGGAAGGAAAACACUUCGGAGAAACUACAUCAGUUCUCUACACAAUAGAGUUCCAGAAAAGAGGACUCCCGCACGCCCACAUAUUGGUAUUUCUUAAAGACAAGAGUAAGUUCUAUGAUCCAACACACAUCGAUGAUAUAAUAUGUGCUGAAAUCCCAGACAAGAAUGAAGACCCAAAAGCCUAUGCAGCUGUUGAGAAUUUCAUGAUGCAUGGCCCAUGUGGAGAAGCAAACCCAAAUUCUUCAUGUAUGAUAGAUAAUAGAUGCAACAAGCACUUUCCAAAAAGAUACAACUCAGAUACUACAAUCGAUGAAGAUGGUUUUCCAAAAUACAAGAGGCAAGACAAUGGGAGAGAAAUCAAAAAAGGAAAUACAACACUAGACAACAGAUUUGUUGUGCCCUACAACAGGAAUCUGUUGGUCAAGUUUCAAGCUCACAUAAAUGUCGAGUGGUGCAACAGGUCUAGGUCGAUCAAAUACUUAUUCAAGUACAUUCACAAAGGCGAUGACUAUGUAGUAGGACUAAUAAAGGAUAAGGACAAAUCGAACAAUGAAAUUGACGAGAUUAAGAAAUACCUACAAAUGAGAUACAUAUCAACAACUGAAGCAUGUUGGCGGCUAUUCCAGUUUGAACUAAGUUAUCGAGAUCCACCUGUUGAGAGGCUAAAUUUUCAUCUAGAGAAUGAGCAACAUGUUAUUUUUCCAGAUUCAAUUGAUAUUGAUAAGAUACUAAGAAGGGAGGCAGUGAAGAAAACUAAAUUUACUGAAUGGAUGGAAGCGAACAAGGAGUACGAAGAAGCAAGAAGAUUAACAUAUGCAGAUUUCCCUACUAAAUGGGUCUGGAUCGCUAAAGAUAACAAAUGGAAAAAGAGGAAAAAAGGAUAUGCAAUCGGAAGGAUAUACUAUGCACAUCCUGCAAGUGGAGAAAGAUACUAUCUCAUGAUGCUACUAAACACUGUCAAAGGAUGCAAACAUAUGCGGACAUAA